UACAGAAAACAAAUGAACAUUUCGUCAAUCCCAGAAUUUUGGUUCGAACAAUGGCCUGCCCUUUUUUACGAGAUCCAAUAGACAUCGGGGCACAAAUUGUGAGAAAAACAAUACGAACUAAGCGUUUGUUCAAAGACAGACAAAAUCCUCUAAGUUUUUCCGAAGAAUACAUUAAUGAGAGGUAUCACUUCUCGUCUCAUUGUAUAGUUUACCUGGCGGAUCUGUUGACACCGUCAUUGAGAAACGAUACACUCCGCAGCUAUCCGCUUACAGUAAUGCAAACACUGUGCAUUGGUUUACAUUUUUUCGCGUGUGGAGAAUUUAUGCAUGCAGUCGGUGACGCUGAAAACUUGAGCAAAUCUACAGUUUGUCGAGCCAUACGGAGAGUAUACCUCGCACUGGCGAGAAUUCUCCCUGAUUUCGUGAAGUUCCCUGGUCAUUGCUCUCAACAAGAAGUUAAAGACAGCUUUUAUAGAAUAGCAGGACUACCUAAUGUAAUUGGUGUGGUGGACUGCACUCACAUACCCAUCAAAGUGCCUUCAGGACCAGAGGCAUCUGAUUAUACAAAUCAGAGAUCAUUUCACAGCAUAAAUGUGCAGAUGGUUUGUGAUUCGCAAUGUCUCAUCACAAACAUUGAGGCAAAGUGGCCUGGAUCUGUGAAUGACUUCCACAUACUCCAAAAGAGUACGCUGUACCAUCAGUUUCAGCAAGGUAUUUUUGAUGGGUGGCUUGUGGCUGACAAUGAGUAUCCCUGUCUUCCAUUCAUGAUGACGCCAUACCUGAAUCCUAAACCAGGCGCAGAGAGCUGCUUCAACGAGGCACUGUACGAGACAAGAGCAUGCAUUAAGACAACGUUCACCACGUUAAGGGCCCGAUUUGGUUGUUUGAAGGGUCUCUGGGUGUCGCCACAGAGCGCGUGUGACAUAAUAGUGGCAUGCAUGGUCCUUCAUAACGUUGCCAUCAUUCGUAAGGAGGCCCCACCCUGUUUUAGUUGGAUGCCCCGGAAUAAGCCAGAGCCUGUUUACUGUGAUCACCAAGAUGGUACAGCAAUCAGGGAUAGCAUCGCUGCUCAGCUCUUUGCGUCAUGCAGCCAAGUGUUAUGACAAUUUCACAUGAUGACAUUUUUACCCUAGAAAAAACAGGAGGGUAAGAGAGGACUUUCCCGUAAGUGACAACCACAGUGGCCUUUUCUCAAUUGGAUUUGCUCAACUCCUGGGUCCCAUGUCCUCCGUCCUCUCUGGACUCCUUUUAAAAAAGGUAAAAAGCUAAUCGAGGAGAGGAAUGAAAUGACUCGUCCAAUCGUGCGUCAUCAGGCAAAUGACAUUUACAGGGUGGAAUCCCAAAAUGUAUGAAGUGAUAAAUGUAGCUAGUUGUGCAAGCUAUUUUAUAGAUAAAAGGAUAAGUAGCAUAUUGUUUUUAAAUGUUUGCAUGCUGUUCUGGUUCAAGAAAACGAUAGCUAAUUCAAAGGGGGUGUGGCAGAUGUCAAAACUAUUCUGUGAAGGACUCCAGUAGGAUACACUUGUGCUUCCUCGCCAAAAGGAGGCUAUCGAGGAGGGGAGGACCGUCUUCCGUUUGCCUACUAACACAUGUACACACUCCUUGACCACUUAUCAGUUUGUGGGUGACGGAGGAGAGAGGGCGGAGGACAGACUUUUGCCCAAAUGAGAAAAGGCCACUGACGACAUACAGACACUGUACCACUCCAGAUAUAUGCCCUCCAGAGAUCAGUAAAUGGUAUCGGAAGAAGGAAUCUGACAUUGUUUUUGGAAAAAGUAACAUUUAUUCAAAAAGUAAAACUGAAAGAUUGCAAUAACUGUACAUAAGCAUGAUUAAUUUCCGUUCAUAGUUCAUGACUGCGAAGAAAAGAGAAACGUAAACAUGAGCGAAGGUUGACAGAUUAAAAUUUCAUGAAUAAAUUGGAAAUUGGUUAAAUUAGAAA